AUAAUUCUCACGCUGCAACAAAAGUGGCAACAAUUGUUGUUUACAUCAUGUCAAUCGUACAGCGACGCAAGGCGACACGCUCUAAGUCGAAACAGCAGCAACAACAGAAUGUUAUCGAACAUCAAAAUGAGCAAAACGAAAGACUUCACUUUCGCAGCCGUUCAGCAACCUCAGUCGCAGCAGCAACAACAACAGAAGCAAUCACAGCAGCGUCAGCAUCCGUCAAUUGCAAUUCACCUUCACCAUUGUGCUGUAAUGGCAUGCUGCCCACCGCAGCAGCGAACAUGCUCAACUGUUGUUGCCGAGACUUCAACUGCCAUUUGAAUACAUCGCUAGGACUGCAGCUGCGCGGCAGCGUUGAAAGCCAUCGACGCUCCGAGAGUCGCCAAUCGUUUCUAACCGAGUCGUCAAAGGCGUCGCAGUCAGCAGCAACACCUACCUCUGCGUCGCAAAAAUCCCGUUCACGUUCGCGUUCAUGUUCUUGUGACGACGACGACGACUGCGGCGAUUCGGCGGCCAAUGUUGUUGAUCGUCUGAAGAGUCAGAGUGGAGACAUUGAAAGCAACGCUGCGACAGCCACGCAAUUAACCGUUAGCCUGCAUAUCGAUCUCAUCAGUUGGGCUCUCUUUCUGCUGGCGUUUCUCACGCGUUUCUACAAGUUGGCAACGCCGCCAAAUGUGGUUUUUGAUGAACUGCACUACGGAAAAUAUAUAUCGCAUUAUAUGCGCAACAUAUUCUUCUUCGAUCAGCAUCCGCCGCUGGGCAAACAAUUGAUUGCUGGUCUGGUCAGUUUUGCCGGCUACGAUGGCAAUUAUACGUUUUCACGCAUUGGCGCCACCUAUGCACCAAAUGUGCCCAUUUUCUGGCUACGUUUUCUGCCCGCCCUCUGCGGCAGUCUGCUCGCACCGGCGGUUUACAAGCUACUGCUGCAGGCGCAGCUGCGUCGCUGGGCUGCUUCGCUGGGCGGCCUACUCAUCGUACUCGACAAUGCGUUGCUGACGCAAUCGCGUUUCGUCCUAAUGGAAUCGAUGCUGUUGCUCGCAAGCACCGUUGGAAUUGCCUGCCUGCUGCGCUUCCAGCGCUGCUCACUUGGCUCGCUCAACUGGCUGUGCAGCGGUGCGUCGGCUGCGCUGUUUCUAGCUUGCGCCGGCUGCGUUAAAUAUGUUGGCUUCCUGGCGCUGGCACUCGCCGGCUAUCUGCUGUGCCGUCAUCUCUGGAAUCUGCUCUACGAUGCCACAUUGACAACUAGACAGCUUUGGUUGCACGCAUUGAGUCGGUUGCUGCUUUUUGUGGGCAUUCCAGUGGCCGUCUACUUGGGCGUCUUCUAUGUGCACCUAAGGACACUCCAUCGAGCCGGGCCGCACGACAGCAUAAUGACGAGUGCCUUUCAGGCGUCGCUCGAGGGGGGAUUGGCAUCGAUUACGCAGGGUCAGCCGUUGGCUGUGGUGCACGGUUCACAGAUCACGUUGCGGCACACACAUGGACGCACCUGUUGGCUGCACUCGCAUGCCGCCGUUUAUCCGGUGCGCUACAAGGAUCAGCGGGGCUCGUCGCAUCAGCAGCAGGUCACCUGCUACUCCUUCAAGGAUGUGAACAACUGGUGGAUUGUCAAACGGCCGGACCGUGAUGAUCUUGUCGUCGGUGAUCAGCCCGAUGUCAUCGGGCAUGGCGAUGUCAUUCAACUGGUGCACGGCAUCACGAGUCGAGCACUGAACUCACACGAUGUUGCCGCACCGAUGACGCCGCAAUGCCAGGAGAUUAGCUGCUACAUUGACUACGAGAUCAAGAUGGCCGGUGAGCUGCUCUGGCGUGUGGAGAUCCUUAACAGGCAGACCGAAGGCGAUCGCUGGCAUGCCAUCAAGUCGGAAAUACGCUUGAUCCAUGAGUCCACAGGUGCUGCUCUAAGGUUUAGUGGUCGGCAGUUGCCUUCGUGGGGCUUCAAUCAACACGAGGUGGUCGGCGAUCGGGACCAGGUGCAUCAGGAUGCCAUCUGGAAUGUGGAGGAGCAUCGCUACACCAAGACACAAGAUCAGAGGGAACGUGAACGUCAACUGCUAUCAGCGGAAAUGAUACCAACGAAACGGACGAAACUGUCGUUCUGGGCCAAGUGGCUGGAGCUGCAGACGAAGAUGUUCUGGCAGGCCAAACAGGUGCAGAGCCACAUGUACAGCUCCCAGCCGCAUGAGUGGCCGCUGCUCGACAAAGGCAUCGCCUAUUGGUUGGAUGAUGGGUCCAGUGCCCAGAUCUAUUUGCUUGGAAAUGUGCUCAUCUGGUAUAUGGCCAGUGCUGGAUUGCUCAUCUAUGCGGGCCUGCUCAUCUUUUAUGCGUUGCGCCGGCGGCGAUUGUGUUUUGAUAUCUCAGCGGUGGAGUGGAGACGUUUCCUCAUCGCUGGCGAUACCUUCUUUGUGGGCUAUUUAAUGCAUUAUUUGCCGUAUUUCUUUGUGGAUCGCACUCUGUUCUUGCACAACUAUUUGCCGGCAUUUGUGUUUAAGCUGCUGCUGCUUUGCUAUGUGCUGGAGCAUUUGGAGUAUCUGUUGCGACGACAUUGCAACGCUGUGCGUGGCAUGCAAUUGGUGCGUCUUUAUCGUUUCGUGCUCCUCCUUUGGCUGUUCGCCGUUGUCGGCAUCUUUGUCAAAUUCUUGCCAUUGAGCUACGGUUCCAAGAAGAUGUCCGCCAAGGAAAUCAUCGAUUUGCGCUGGAAGGACACCUGGGACUUUAUACUCCAAAAAAACUAUGCCCUCACCUAAAACUUGGACAACUUACGUACCUUACCAUGUAAAAAGCCGAGCUGGCGCCAACUCAAGCUCAACUUGCGCAAAAUUCUGUUCUGAAAAUAUUCAUUUAAUAAACUUAUUUAUUU